CUAGGCGAAGAACGCGACUAGGGCACGGGCCGGCCUGGCUUGAUACGCCAAACGCCUUGCCACCAAAAUUCCCUCGAACUUUUCCCCACCAGCCUGCCGCCGACUUACCAAGACACACACCCAAACACCCAUUCACCUACACGUUCCCCGACAUUCUCUACACAAUGGCCAAAGGCGCACGCGCAAGCAGCAAAAAGGCGAACCGCACCAAGCUGCGCGCCCGAGUUUUCGGCCCCGUCGAACAGGCACGCGCCGAGCGCCUGCACGCCAAACUUCUCGAGACGAUUGCCCAGCCCAAGCCCGAGAGGACUGAGAUGGAAACCGAAGAGACCAACACCACCGACGAUGCCGCCAAGGAGGACUUGCCCAAAGAUAUGGACGUCGACGGCACCGCCACCUCUGCGAAGAGCUCGAGCUCGCGCAAGACCAAGGACAAGAGCCAGACCCGGAAACAACUGCGACGCAAGCCCCAGAACAAGGUCUCCUUCCCUACCUCGCGAGGCAAGGGCGCACUGAAGCCCAAUGGUGGACGUCCCAGCGGCCCUGGCCGUAUCGGCAAACGACGAGCAUGAUUUUCAUCCACGUAUAUUGGCGUUGUUGCAUUGCAUUUUCCGGCGUUUAAAAUAUUGCUCUACAGCACAGAGCUACGGUUUUGGAGGAUACCAUGUCCAUGGAGGACUUGCUUGAACAGAUUCGAGAAUGUACGUUUGUACAUCUAGAAAUUGCAGCUGACUUUAAGACUGCGACUUGUUUAAUUCAUUUCAACUGCUCCCUUUUACCAUAUUUCCAC